CCGGCGCUUACGAUCUCGAUUUCCGUGAGAUAUCUCGUUAAUCGACAGACUAACCGAAGGAACAGGCGACGUAAAUGGUGACGUAAACGCGAAAGUAACAAAGUAUCGCAAAGUACGUAGGAUUCGAAGUUGAUCGAUUUCGCAAGUUGAACGUCGAGACGUUAAACGUAUUUGUUGCGUGUGUCGCAUGGUCGACGUAUCGAAUGCUACGUACAGAAGGUUCGUGGAAAACAGACGCUAGACUCGAGAACCUAGAACGGGACUAGAGACGAUACGAGAAGGAAGAGGGAAGAAAAGUACGAGAUAAACGAGAGGAGAGGAAGAGAACGAUACAGUGGCGAGGUCGAUCAUCGAGAAACUGAAAAGAAAUCGAUUUUUCGAAGCAUCUUUGAAUAAUCGUUGCACGGUCAUGCCAACGAUAAAGCGUAUUCGAUUCAAGUUAGAACAGCGAAGAGAGAGGGUUUAGUUGGAUACGAUCGCGUUAUGCUCUUUCGCGAUUUAAUCGACCCAGUCAAAGAAUCGAGCGACCGAUCUCGAACGAAUGUUUCCCAAAUGGAAAAUCGCGGUGUCUGAAAAGGUGCAGUUCCGUUUUCUCGUCGGGAUAUUCGUGGAAGAUGUGUACACGCAAGAAAUAUCGUUGAAAGCCGAUCCUUCGUUUUUCGACUAACUUACGAUCGAAGUGGCAUCACGCGCACACGCGCACACGCGCACACGCGUACACGCAGCCACGCACGACCGCGUGAUUAAUCGAUCGAUCGAAUCGAUUCGGCUCGCGAUCAGUGAUCUCGUAAGAGAUACGAUUCGCGUCUCGCUCCUUCGUUCGAACGAUAUUAAGGAACACGAAGAUUCGUAUGUCGUCGGUUAACGCAGGUUGCGGCAGUUACGCGAACGAAAAACAAGAAACGAAAAUAACGAAAGAGCGACGGAGAAGCGGGUGAAGAGGGUGGCGAACAGGAAGGUGACGACCACGGCAAAAGCCGCGGGACGAUGAGCGACGGCAUAGUCGGUGCAAUCGCGAUCAGUCUGUUUGGCAGCGAGAAGAAACGUCGGGACAGCAUGGAUGCCGGUUACACGAUACUUGGCAACGAUGUCGAUGUCUGCAGAAUGUUCGACCAGUUUUCUUACAAGAGAAACGAGAGUCUGGACUUUUCGUUGAACGUUCCGCAGCAUCAUCACUCGACGUCGUACCACCACAAUACCUACGCCAUGGCUGAUCAAACGUUUCACACUCCCAGUUUCGGUGAUGAAGAUUUCGACAUACCGGCUAUCCAUUCGCACUCGCAUCAGCAGCAUCAACAUCAACAGCAGCAGCAGCCGCAGCAACAGCAGCAACACCAGUCGCAGCAGCAGCAGCCUCAGGCUCAAUCUCAGCACGAUCCGAUGCACGGUUACCAAACGCAGAUGAUGCAAACCGGCAACGUGCAACAGUCUGCGGAUGGGUUGAAUCUCGAUCCGGGUGGAUAUCAACAAUCUCUUUAUCUACAGCAGGACCACUCGAUGCAGCAGUCGAUGAACGUUAGCUCGACGUAUAGUAACUCGCAGGGUUCGUAUGCGAGCAUGAAUUCUCCGCGGCAACAGCAUGGAAAUCAGCAAAUAAUGUUGCUUCAACAGCAGCAACAGCAACAGCAACAGGCACAGAUGCAACAACAUAUGCAAUACAUGCAUACUCAACAGCAGCAGCAGCAACAACAACAGCAGCAGCAGCAGCAGCAACAACAGCAGUUGCAACAACAAAUACAAUAUAGGAGUCCAACGGGUGGUAGUCCAUCCGCGAUACAAUCAAGCACGAUCCCCGAGGCAAACAACAAUACUACGACUAGCGAAGAUAGCGACGACAGUACACCUCAUUCCGGAAUGAUUACCGGCAUUAAACGACCCUCGCCGGAACCGACCGACGUUGCAGCAAAAAAUCAAAGGAAACCGAAAUCGCAGAAAAAGAAGAAGAAAAGAGAUCCCAACGAACCGCAAAAGCCCGUCUCGGCGUACGCUCUGUUCUUCAGAGAUACCCAAGCUGCGAUAAAAGGACAAAAUCCAAAUGCGAGCUUCGGCGAAGUUUCCAAGAUCGUCGCCUCGAUGUGGGAUGCGUUGGAGACCGAGCAUAAGAACGUUUACAAGAAGAAGACUGAAGCAGCGAAAAAGGAAUAUCUGCAGGCACUCGCGGCGUACAGAGCGUCUCUGGUUAGCAAGGGUGCGGCCGAAAACGAACAACAGCAUCCGCAACAGCAACCGCAACAACAGCCAUCGCCGCAACAACAACAAGUUCAAUAUACGGCGUAUGGUAGCUACGCCGGGAACGGAACACCGGGAAACGUCUCGUAUCAGGUGUACAGUCCGCAGCCUCAACCUUCUUCGCCUCAGCAACAACAUCCGCAUCCUCAUCCGCAUCAACAGCUUCAACAUCAUCAGCAACCCGCGCAACAAAUGCAAAUAAAAAAAUCUCCCCACCAUUUAACCAUGCCAGGAAACUCGCAGCAGCAACAAACGCAACAGACUAUGAUGACUACAUCGAUGGCGCCAACCCAUAUUUCGCAACAACAACCAUCGCAACAGCAGCAGCAUAUGCAGCAACAGUACAUGCAGAUACCGCAACAGCAAGUGCAGCAAGUACCGCAACAAUCGCAGCAACAUCAUCAGCAACAGCAGCAACCGUCGCAACAGCAACAGCAGCAGCAGCAGCAAAUGAUACAUUCGAACCCAACGAAGAGCGAUUCUUUGUCGAGUUCACCGUCGGCAGUGAACUCUGUAACUCAGGCUGCGAACAUGGCUGCUCAAAGACCGACGUCGAACGCUUGUAUACGUCACGGAUGCCCGAACCCCGCCGUAGCAAACAGCGAAUGGGAGGACGAGUAUUGCAGCAACGAAUGCGUGGUCAGCCAUUGCAGAGACGUGUUCACCACGUGGGUAUCAUCGAACCAAAAUCCGCAACAGAACUUCUCGACCGUAAAAUAAGGACGACGGGCCGAGCUGGGUGAAACGCAGCGAUCGUUUGAAAUGUUUCCUACCGUUUGUUGUAGUCGCGGAACACGAAUAUACCUGAUGUUCAAAGCGUGAUCCGAUUCGAUAUCUUUUGUACAUAUGUCCAUCGUACAGAUAGUCACACACGCACGCACACAUACAUACAUACAUACAUACAUAUAAACAUAUAAACAUACGUGCGCGCACACACAUACAUACACAAGGUUUCGCGUUAAAUCAAAAGACGAACGACCGGAGGAUAAAGACCGCGCUAAGCGAAUCGCUACACAGAUCUCUAAGUUUCGUUUGAAAGACUGCGUGCGUCGCAGCACGAUGCCCGUCAACGUGGAUAUAUAUUGCCGUUUCACUUUUCCACUGACUACGUUUUUCACGCGAGGACGAGCAACGUAGCUGCGUAAUCGCGAAAGAGUAUUAGUAUCGCCAAAGUAUAGCAGCCGACAAGAUCAUCGGGUUGCAGUUCGAGGGAAUCGAUCUCGUUAUUGCGCGUUUACCGAUCGCGCGAAACGUUCACGUGCCGCAUACACACUAUCGAAAACGAGAAGUAACGAUGAAUCGCGCGCGACCGUAAACCAAGUUGCAUUCCUUGAACGUCUAGUUAGGGACCGUUUAACGAUAGAUAACAGUAAUUUCGUAGAAGUAUAUUCGCAAACGUUAGGAUACGUCUAUUCCAUACUGAAUUCGCAUAGGUGCGCCACGCCGUGUCGAAACGUGGUAGAAACGAAAAGCAAGUAUUUGCCUGCUGAUCGAACCGUGGUUGACAACUCGUUUAUAAUUGAUAAUCGACGUGAGAACGUGAAUGAUGAGCGCGAAAAGGAAGACACGGCGAAGAAUAGGAGAAGAGCGAGAAAGGACUGGCGGUUGGUAGCCAUCAAGAACGAGUGACGCAACUUAUUUUUGUAUAAUUUUACAAAGAAAGAAAAAGUCGCGGAGAAGAUUCGUGCAGAUGCUAGGGAAGACGUGAUCGUUCGACGCGAACAACCGAUUCGAUCUUUUUGUUCGUUUCUGCUCGCGUUCGUUGCGUAUCGUUUCGUUUCGAUAUCGAUAUUGGUAUUACGUUCUCAAGCGUUGUACGUUCGAAUUUGUGGGUACGAUCGAAGCAAACGAGUCGACGUUAUUUAUUUCGAAACACGAUAUAGUUUGUACUGACGCGAGUCUUUAGCCGUUCACGAUCGCCGAACAAAGAGUAACUUAAUUACGGUUGGAAGAUAAAGGUAACCUAACGGGACCUAACCUAAAAGAGCCGAUUUUUUUCUUUCGUUGGAUUUGUGGGAAAGUACUCGUGUGUGGUAUACCCUUUCAAAUCUUUGUAUCUGUUCUCGACGGCAAUCUGCACGAUUUCCGACUCCAGAAAGAAGUGGGGAAUUAGCAAGUUAAUAUGUUUAUAUUACGAAAGAUCAUGUAGCUUUUCCGUGACAGAUAGUACUCACGUGCCCAUACACGCACGCGCAUGUAAACGCGUGGCAUUGAUAAGUUUUUAAACAAUUUUUUUUUCUUUGUAACAGUAUCCUUGUACAUACAACAAGAAAAAAGAAAAAAGAAUAAUAUUCCGUAGAUUUAUAAGUCGCUACGAUGUAAACAUAAUCUAUAGUGUAACAUAUUGAUAAUGGCAUAACUCACAUAUACACACAUACGUAUAUAAACCAUAUAUACAUGCGCGUGCGCGCGCGCGUAUGUGUGCAUGUGUGUUGUCUGUGGUAUAUAAAUAAAUAAAUAAAUAAUUAUAUAUAUGUAUAUCAUAUAUAUAUAUAUAAUUUAACAAAUGUAUAUCAUAUAUAUAUAUAUAAUAUGAUAUAGAAAUAUAUGAGUAAUAUAAAUGUAAAAAUUAAUCGGUGACGUCGUGCAUACAUGUGUACAUAAGUACGUACCUACAUAUGCAUGUAUACGUAUACGCGACUCACGCCUGUAUGUACGUAUGUAUAUAUGAAUGUGCACACGUAGCAAACGAAGCGACAGCUGCGAAUAACUGCGUUGUCGUUAUUGAAUGUAAACAAUCACUGCAUAGAUGGUUAUGAAUUGGCCGAAUUGGCCGAAACGCGACGAUAUUUCGCACGCGGCCGAAUAACAUCGAUCCUUGAUCCAAAACUCGGCGGGUUCGAAUUUUUCCAGGGUUAGACGUAAUCACGUAAAUCUGUAUACCGAAGAACAAAAACACAAAAAACAAAGAAAAGACGAAAAGAGAAAAAAGAAAAUAAAAUUUAGAAGAUAUCCAACUAAUCGUGUAUAUCGUCGAUACGUUAAUAGCAACCUUGUGUCCCUGUUUCUAUUUACCGUUACAUGCCAUUGCACUUACAUGUACAUACGCGUAACAAUGUAUACUCGAAACGAAUUUAAUUUUCUUUCUAUAGAGUUUGGCUUUUUUCAUGUAACAGGCUGAGUGGAGUAAAUGUACGCGUCCACUUGAUAAUACACAACUAUCGCUGGUUGCUCUCAAGUGCAUUUUUUCCAAGUGGACAGACACCGCGUUGAGAGUGAUUAUCUGAUCCGAUAGUGGAUCGGACAGCGACUCUCAAAGCAAUGUUCACUCGCGAACGAUACUCUCGAGAGCAACCGACGAUAGUUUCGCUCUCGCGUUCACGCCUAUCUUCACAGAGAUUUUAGUUUGACAAGCAAUAAUUACAAGCGAUGGUAUUCGAUGAGUUAAUAAUUCGUUCUUUCAAACGGAACGUAGUUUUCUAUCAGCCGGGACAGUAAUACCGUGAAGCACGUACCGUCGUUAAUGUAUGCGUAACACAAUGACUAUAGUUUUUAUUUAAAAUUACUUUACGAGGUACAUUUAUAUAUACAUAAAAAAUGUAUGACUAAUACAUUUAAGCUUACGCAAUAUGGACAUAUUCGUACACGUGCAGUAACGUAAUUGUAACACUUUUUUUUCCAUUUUCGUUCUUAUACUCUGCGAGUUCGAUUUCUUAUUUCUUGUUCAUUUAUUAGAAUCAGCUUUCGAUGCGAAUUAUCAACGAUUUACAUCUAACUUGUAUCGAUUUUCUACGAACGAUACCGGAAUGUUGCAAGUCCCUUUGGCCGAAACAAAUAAAAUUCUCGCAAAAAUGUCAACAACAAGUUCCGUUACGACGAUCGCCAUAUACGAUCCCGGAAUCGAUAGUCGAACGAAUCGAGUUCGGUCGAAUCGAGUCGAAGUUGAUAUAGAGUAGAGAAACGGUCGCCUCCAUGUUGGCGAUCGAACGGUGAUCGCACGAAACGGAUAUAAAGGGGAGAGAGUGGGGUGGGUCUGGAACGAGGUACUUUGAACAAAGGGAAACGAAAUUGAUAUAAACGGUGCAAAUCGCGGAGACGAGGUUUACGAGCGAACGGGCAGGACGAGGAAAGAAAGGAGAACGACAACGAAGGCGGAAAAAGAAACGGGCUCCCGUAAACAUAGGAAGGUGGGAAUUGGCGACACGAAUCGACCGAAAAGAACGUUUCGCGCUCGAUAUUUUCGAAAUUUUUGGUAAAAAUAUGGGACGAUACACGACGAACACUUGAGAUUCUUGCGGACACAUAACAUCCAAUAUACACAUGUAUUUCUUGUACUCGACGCGCGCAUACGCGCUUUUCUUUAUCUCGCGCAUACUACACAAGAGUCUGCGUGCUAAAAUCUUUGAUCCGCGCGAUACAAUGUUUGUCACGCUAAACCGUACGUAACGUUACAUAGAACGUAUGGAUUCGCGAAAAUGAUCGAUCGAUAGAUUCGCUCGCAUUCUCCGUGUUCUCGUAAAAUGCACGGCACAAAAAUAAAUGCUCCUAUUUCGAUUA